GAAAUCAGGCUCACCCUCAGCCACAGCCCAGCCAGACACGCCAAUCUGGCCCCGCGGCUGGCCCCGCGGACAAACGGAGGGACGGCCCGUGACAACAACAAGAAGAAGAAUCAGAAGCAGAAGCAGAAGAAGAAAUAGCGAAGAAGAAGAAGCAGCAGCAGAAGCAGCGAGUGAGAUACACGGACGCGCAGCCAUUCCGGCGUGGGAGAGGCGAGGCGCAGGCACUCUUCGCAAGGAUUCCAAUCCAUCGUGCUCCACCGUUGCGGUUGGGUCCGCAUACAAUUCGCCCGCCCUCCUCGUCACUUUCCGUUGAGUCAGGUGCCAAGGAUUGGGGAGGUUGGGUCGGCCAUGGUGCUCUGAAGUUUGUUGCGGGUGAAGAGUGCGGCGUAUGCGCCACAAGGAUUUGUGAGCGAUGGCGGUAGGAAAUGAGUGGAUCAAUGGGUACUUGGAAGCGAUUCUGGACACGGGAGAGAAGAUUACCGAUCACAAGCAUAUUGGAGAGGGGGUGAAUGAUUUCAAAGCGGCCAAAUACUUCGUGGAAACUGUCACCGGGUUCGAUGAGUCUUCUCUGUAUCGCACCUGGAUCAAGUCUCAAGCGUCGGCGACGAGGAGCUCUCAGGAGCGGACGCUGCGAAUGGAACAUCUUUGUUGGAGGAUUUGGCACAUUGCGAGGAAAAAACGAUUGAUCGAAUGGGAGGAUGCCCACCGACUGGCCCGGCGGCAUAUGGAACGUGAGCAAGGGAGGAAAGAUGCCACUGCAGACAUGUCCUCGGAUCUCUCGGAGGGUGAAAAAGAAACUACCCCAGCAGAUACCAUGCCUCGUGUGGAGAGCAGUCUCGCCCUCGCCAGCUCCAACGUCGGAGAAAUCACUACUCCCGAGAAAGAGAAACCUGACAAGCGUCUGUACAUUGUUCUCGUCAGUUUGCAUGGUCUUGUGCGCGGGGACAACAUGGAGCUUGGCCGAGAUUCAGACACUGGUGGGCAGAUCAAAUAUGUGGUUGAGUUGGCAAGAGCGCUGGCCUUGAUGCCCGAAGUCUACCGAGUGGACCUUCUCACUCGUCAAAUCUGCUCACCCGACGUGGAUUGGAGUUAUGGAGAGCCCACGGAGAUGUUGAGUAUGGGAUCCUACGACGACGUCGAAGAUGUUGGUGAGAGUAGCGGUGCGUACAUUGUGCGAAUUCCUUGCGGGCCAAGGGAUCAAUAUUUGAGGAAAGAACUUCUGUGGCCAUACGUCCAGGAGUUUGUGGACGGUGCUUUGGCUCACAUUCUGAACCUGUCGAAGGUCCUGGGCGAGCAAAUUGGAAGCGGGGGGCUUAUCUGGCCGCAUGUGAUUCACGGCCACUACGCUGACGCCGGCGAUAUUGCAUCACUCUUAUCGGGGGCCUUGAACGUUCCCAUGGUGUUAACAGGUCAUUCUCUCGGUCGAAACAAGCUUGAGCAGCUCCUGAAGCAAGGAAGGCAGACAAAGCAUGACAUCAAUGCCACGUACAAGAUCAUGCGGAGGAUUGAGGCGGAGGAGCUUUCGUUGGAUGCAGCUGAACUGGUCAUCACGAGUACCAAACAGGAAAUUGAAGAGCAAUGGGGCCUGUACGAUGGUUUUGAUGUCAAGUUGGAGCGUGUCCUGCGCGCCAGGGCUCGCCGAGGCGUUAACUGCCAUGGCCGGUAUAUGCCUCGGAUGGUGGUCAUUCCACCCGGAAUGGACUUCAGCAACGUAAUUGUGCAAGACACAGGAGAUGUCGUUGAAGACGGUGACGCUGUUCAGAUCACCAACAGUGACGCCUCCAAUGCAGUCCCCGUGUCUCCCCGAGCCAAACCACCUAUUUGGGAUGAAAUCAUGCGUUUCUUUACGAACCCGCACAAGCCCAUGAUUUUGGCACUAGCGCGUCCCGAUCCGAAGAAAAAUCUCACCACCCUGUUGAGGGCUUUCGGGGAACGUCGGACUCUGAGAGAGUUGGCUAAUCUGACGCUUAUUAUGGGAAAUCGUGAUGAUAUUGACGAAAUGUCUGGAGGUAACGCUGCAGUGAUGACCACUGUGCUCAAGCUGAUUGACAAGUACAACUUAUAUGGUCAAGUUGCUUAUCCCAAGCACCACAAGCAGGCAGAUGUACCUGAAAUUUACCGCCUUGCUGCGAAGACCAAGGGUGUAUUCAUUAAUCCUGCACUCGUAGAACCCUUUGGGCUUACUUUGAUCGAGGCAGCUGCACACGGCUUGCCCAUGGUUGCUACAAAGAACGGAGGACCUGUUGACAUUCACAAAGCUCUCUCGAAUGGUCUGCUUGUGGAUCCCCACAAUGAAAAGGAAAUUGCAGAUGCGCUGCUGAAGCUGGUUGCGGACCGCUCUCUGUGGAACCUAUGUCGCAAGAACGGAUUGAGGAACAUACACUUGUUCUCAUGGCCAGAACAUUGCCGAACCUACUUGUCUCGGAUCGCGUUGUGUCGCAUGCGACACCCACAGUGGAAGGCUGAGACCAGCACCGAGGACGAAGACCUUGAUUCUCAGGGCGACUCCUUGCGCGACGUCCAGGACUUUUCGCUGCGCCUCAGUGUCGAUGGCAACAUGUCCAUUUCAAAUCCUGCGGAUCUAGAGCGGCUUCUCAAGGGCCAAAGUAGUUUAGGGAAGAAGAAUGGGCUGGAGGACUUCAAGCCCCUGGCAGGAAAGCAGCGCACCGUGAGCGGACGCAUGGAAUCUAUGCAAGAGGAAGGGCCGGAGACAAGUAGGUUCAACUCAACAGGCACUCACAAGGCUCAACCUUUGAAGAAGCGGAGACGCCUCGUGGUCAUAGCUGUGGAUGGAUAUGAUCCCACCACCAACAAGCCCAGCAGCAGAUUGGAGAAUCUGAUUCAAGGCAUUGUGAAGUCGAUUCGGUCAGACUCGAACAUUCGAGUUCAACCUGGGUUGAUCAUCUCCUCUGCUCUGACGAAGUCGGAGACUGUUGCCAUGCUGAACUCUGCGGGGCUGUCUCACAUGGAGUUCGACGCUCUUAUUUGCAGCAGUGGAAGUGAGGUGUACUAUCCUGCCUCAAUUCAAGACGAUAGCGUCACAACGGACAACAGCGACUUGCAUGCAGACGAGGACUACAAAAGCCACAUUGACUAUCGAUGGGGCUACGAAGGCCUCCGCAAGACCAUGGCGCGCUUGAACACACCUGACACUGAGAGCGGUAGCAACGACAAGAUCUGGACCGAGGAUACAGCGAACUGCAACUCUCACUGCCUGGCCUACACGGUGACCAACUCGGACAUCGCCCCUACUGUGGAUCAGCUGCGACAGCGUCUGCGGAUGCGGGGACUACGAUGCCACGUGAUGUUUUGCAGGAAUGCUUCACGGUUGCACGUGUUGCCUCUUUUGGCAUCUCGUUCACAAGCUCUGAGGUACUUCUUUGCUCGCUGGAAUGUGGAUGUCGCCAACAUGUUCGUGGUCGUGGGCGAAACCGGUGACACCGAUUAUGAAGGACUGUUGUCAGGGACCCACAAGACCAUUAUCAUAAAAGAUGUUGUAGCGGAAAGCUCCGAGAGGAAGCUCCGUGCAACUGGCAACUACGGCCGAGAAGAUGUUGCUCCAAUUGAGAGCUCCAAUAUGGUCGUCACCGAACCCAACUCCGUUUGUGAUGUACUUUUAGACGCACUCAAAUAUUGACAGUAAAAGUUCCUCUGGGUCUUAAUUCCUGUGAGUCCCCAUUCUGAUCCUUUUCCUCCCUCUCCCUCUCUCUCUAUCUCUCUCCUUUUCCUCUCCUUUUCCUCAUGAAAUUAGAGACUGGUCUCAGGUUGAGUGCCAUGGUCUGCCAACCUUGAAGGUCAAAAUAUCUCUAUACUCCUAUUGAGAGUUGCCCAUAGUUCUCUGCUGUCCGAGGGAGGCUUGUGAGUGGUAGCAGCGCAAUGUGAAGAAAACUGUAUGCAAAAUGAGAGCUUGUAGAAAUGGUAUGGCUGGUGACAAAAUCACAAUGGCACUGAAAAUGCAAUUCUGUAUUUCAUUAUUUUUCUUUUUCUUUUUCUUUUUUAAUAUGAGGUCUCUACUCUAUUCUUUAUCCGUGCUUCUCGUAGGCUCGGGAUCC